AUGGUCCUGGAAGACAGCACGGCCACCACUCAAAGCUCUAGGUCAGAGCAGCCUACUUGUGUCAUUUGGGGUAAGAGGUUUUGCUUCUCCGUGCGCACUAAGAAGCCUUUGCUCAAUGGCUGGUGAGGGCUUUCUGACAUCUCCUUUAUUUCGCACAGGAUGUCGGCUAGAUGGUAAGAACCCGAGCUACACAUUUGAUAUUCCAGAAGAGGAGGCAUAUGAGCAGCAGCUGUCCCUGAGGACAGUAAGUAACUUGCUAGCCUUGUCGGGGAAGGAUAUUUAACAGUUGGCUGGCCAUGGUAUGUAGCAUCCGGUUCACAUAUGGUGUGUGAGAAGGUUUGACUUUGGGUGUAUAUAGAGCAGGUAAGCGGGUGGCACUGUGGGUUAAACCACAGAGCCUAGGACUUGCCGAUCAGAAGGUUGGCAGUUCGAAUCCCCGCGAUGGGGUGAGCGCCCGUUGCUCGGUCCCUGCUCCUGCCCACAUAGCAGUUCGAAAGCACAUCAAAGUGCAAGUAGAUAAAUAGGUACCACUGCGGCGAGAAGGUAAACGGCGUUUCUGUGCGCUGCUCUGGUUCGCCAGCAGCGGCCUAGUCAUGCUGGCCACAUGACACGGAAGCUGUACACCGUUUCCCUCAGCUAAUAAAGCGAGAUGAGCGCCACAACCCCAGAGUUGGUCAUGACUGGACCUAAUUGUCAGGGGUCCCUUUACCUUUAGAGCAGGUAAGGGGGGGGGAGCCUCUUCAACCUGAAGGUCACAUCCCUUUGUGCGCAGCCUUCCAUGGGUCACAGGCUAGAGGCAAAAAUGAGUGGAGCUAUGGACCCGACUCUUCCAUUUGUUCAACACGCUACAUCCCAGAAAAGUCAGAGGUUUCUACCCACACACCUGUCUUCAUCUAGGCAAGCAAGAGGUAUUGCAUUCCCCCUACCCUUCGGUCCUCCCCAGUAUCAAGAGUAAGAGACAUGACAACCAAUAUUUGGGUGAAAUCAGGCCACAGCUUCAAUGACAAUGGAUGUAAGAGGUUUGGCAUAGGCAUUGGGUAGAUCCCCAUGCCUUCCGGCCCACCAGAAAUGAGGGAGUCCCAAGGAGUAACUCCCCCACUGGAUUGCACCUGGGGAGUGCUGUGGACCCUCGCCCCCACCUGGGUAUCCAGACAGAAGCAUCUCCCCUGGAUCCUUUUUAAGGGGUGCUACAUUCCAGAAAAGUCAGAGGUGUCUACCCACACCCAUGUCUCCGUCUAAGCAAGCAAGAAGCAUUAUCAUUGUUCAAGGAUACAUUCUGCAUGAGGAAGUCACAGAGCAGGGCCAGUAAAUGUGUGGGCUGCAGAGAGCCUUGAGGGCCAAAGACACAUUUGGCCUCUGAGGUUGCCUGUUCUUGGUACAGAGUACCUAUCCCAAUUUGGUUUCCUCCAGGUGUAGUUGGACCACAGCCCCUAUCAUCCUUGACCACUUGUGGCUCAUACCUAGAGGACCACAGGUUCCUCACCCAUAACCAAGCCAAUAGCCCCUGGUCCCUCCACCCAGUUUAUUCAGCAAAGUACAGUUUCUGCAGCCAAGUCAAACCAAAAUGAACUGUAAUGUUACACGACCUCUGUUCACAUGUGCCUCAUAUCUCGCGUGCCAGGGCAUGGUUGAGUUCAGUGUCUGGAGGGCCACAGGUUCCCUAUAUGUGGUCUAGGCCUUGAAGUGGUGGGGAACUUCACAUUGCAGCGGGAAAGAGAUAAUCCAGUUCAGUAUCUCACUUUGCUUGUUUCUUAUUUGCAGUCCAUUUGAUGGCAAGAAUCUGAUUGCAGUCUACAUUAUAGCUAAAACAAAAACACUGUACUUGGGGUUGGCUCAUGGGGGAACUAUCAUGGUGUUAUGCCAAAGAUUCAGAAAUGGUGGUCUUACUACAAUUUCUUUGAGGUCUUGAUGGCUUUGAUUUCUGCCAAAAGGUCUGCCUAGGGGAAAAUGCGAGGGAUGAACUCAAUAUGGUGGAGAUCUUGCCCCCCAAAGAUAGCAAGCCAUCUACUGCAGUGCAUAUAGCAACCUUGAAACUUUCUGUGCUUCCAAUGGUGAGUACUUCCUUUGCCAUUUAUUUAUGCAUUUUUUUUAGAAGUGUUGAUUACCUCUGCCAAAAUAAUUUCCAGCCAGCUCAAAUGUAUUGCCUGAACCUCCCAAAGAUCUGACUGGGGAGGCCAUCAACUAGAGGAGGACUGAUCUAGCAUAGAUCACAAUAGGUUUUUUGUUGCCAAUCUAUCAAAAUGGAAUAGCUGAUGAUGUCAAUGUUAUGAUAUGUGUAGUGGUGAGUGUCUCAAAAUAUGAACUUGUGUACCCUCCAGGCUUCCUUAAUGGGACUUGACCUGGCUCUUCCUGUCACAUUCAGGCUAAAAUCAGGCUCUGGGCCAGUCUACCUUGCCGGACAAUAUUUAUCAGGUAACGUCUGCUGGGGUGGGGACUCCUUCUCAGCUCAAGGACUGAAUUCCUUCCCAGGGCUCCCAUGUCAAGGGUGGGCGAGGCCAGAGAGAAAAGUAAACGUGACUCAUGGGCUGGAGUUUGGUAAAUGUAUCGCAGGGGAGUGCAGAAAUAUGUAGUCUGGUAAGAGUGCUGGUUGAAAGAAUAAAUAAACUUAAGUUUAUUAGUCAUGGCAAAGAAAGCCAUUCUGAGUAUAGGUUUUACACGUGGCCAAGAUAGAGCCAAAAACUAAUGGUAGCCUGUGCUAACUCAUACUGACUAAAUGGGAGAAGAAUCCAGAAGGGAAUAAAGCCAGAAAGGAAGGAACGAGUAUUUACUAAGAGAGAAGAAAUUGGUGAGGAGGAAGAACAGGCUGGCCCUCUGUCUGUCCCUCCUGACUGUUUCAGAUAACUCAUUGAAAGCAUUGUUGCUUUAAUCCCAACCUCUUGUCAUAGGGACUGCAGUCCAGCUAUGCAAAAAAUUGGAGGUUUCUACUCAUGAAUACAUGCCCUUCUCAUUUUAUCUAGGCAAACAAGAAGCAUUAUCUUGCUUCAGAGAUGCAAUUCCAGCCAGGCACCCUUUAGACCCCCUCCUGUGGUCUAAAGCAUGUGAUUGUGAAGGGAAGAUGCAAAAUUGAUUUUGAGAUGCACCAAGUACGCUGUCUGACAAAGGCUCUCCUGAAAUCUAUUUUUCAUGUAACUUGGGGUAGAUACAUGCCUUGAUAGUUGCUUACCCUGUAUCCUGUUUCCCCAUAGGCAUCUGAAUUUGAGUUUAUGUAUGUCAUCCAUGAGCCCAGGUGGGCUAAAUCCUGUUGACAGGCUAGUGUUUCUCCCCUUGCAAUCACACCCCCCGUACAUCUUUAUUGCUGCCUCAUUCAUGCAUGCAUGUGUUUGGGCAUAUCAAAAUACUGCUGUUGCUUAAGUGCUGCCUGAAACCUGGUGCUUUCGAAAAAGCUGCUGCUUGCAUUACCAGAAUAAUCAUCACAAGUAACCCUUUCUCCCAUAUAAUCCUGGGGAUCAUAGCUUCAGGGUAUCAAAUGCUCCAUUUGCGCCAGUCAUCGUCCAGGAUUUCCUUUUUUUUUUUUUAAAUGAUAUUUAUUAAAGUUUCAAAAAAUAAUAAUACAAAAAAUACAGAAUACAGAAAGAACAAGAAUAAAGUUUUUUUUUUUAAAUAUAACCAAAGAAGUAAAAAAUAAGAGAAAACAUACCAAAUAAAACAAUUAAAAGGACAUAAAAUUUCCAUAACCUAUCUUCCUUAUACUUAUUUCCCCGGACCUCCUCAUACCUCCCUUUUUUGUAUUCCAGUUCAAUUUGUUGAUUCAGCAAAUCCUUACCAUUGAAAUUACCCAGUUGCAAACCUUUUUUCAUAUCUCUUAAAGCAUUACAGCUAAAAAACCCUUAGUUUCUAUCCAACAUCCUUCUAAGAUUCCUUAAUUUUACAAUAUUUCUGUAAAUAGUCUUUAAAUUUCUUCCAGUCUUCUUUCACCGUCUCUUCUCUCUGGUCUCGGAUUCUGCCAGUCAUUUCCACCAGUUCCAUGUAGUCAAUCACCUUCAUCUGCCAUUCUUCCAGAGUGGGUAGAUCUUGUGUCUUAAGUCCACCAAAGGUGAAAGAAUGUACCUUCAGUUUCUUUACAUUUCCAACAUUUAUUAUCGGGCAAAUGGUAGAUUUUUGCAAGCUUGACUGGGGUUAUGUACCACCUGUAUAUCAUUUUCAUAAUAUUCUCUCUUAAGGCAUUACAUGCCCUAAACUUCAUACCUGUGGUCCAUAACUGUUCCCAGUCAGCAAACAUAAUUUCCUGUGGCCAUCAUUUUAGAUAAGGAAAACAGACAUAAAUUACAUCUACAAAAUUUAACGCGGCAUCUAGUUUUGCCCAGCCACUCUGGGUGGCUUCCAACAAAAUAUUAAAAUACAAUAGUCUGUUAAACAUUAAAAUCUUCCCUAAACAGGGCUGCCUUCAGAUUUCUUCUAAAAGUCUGGUAGUUGUUUUUCUCUUUGACAUCUGGUGGGAGGGCAUUCCACAGGGUGGGUGCCACUACCAAGAAGGCCCUCUGCCUGGUUCCCUGUAACUUGGCUUCUCGCAGUGAGGUAACUGCCAGAAGGCCCUCGGUGCUAGACCUCAGUGUCCGGGUGGAUAGAUGGGGGUGGAGACGCUCCUUCAGGUAUACUGGACCGAGGCCAUUUAGGGCUUUAAAGGUCAGCACCAACACUUUGAAUUGUGCUUGGAAACGUACUGGGAGUCAGCAGGAAACAUGGCUGUUUACCUGUGGCUUGAUUAAUAAUGGUAACUUUUCAUACACCACCUCCUACAUGAUCAUGAGCCAGCUCUCCUCUUGCAGUUGGUCCCCCUUUGGACGAGGAUGAAGAUCAGGAAGAGUCCUCUAAUGAAGAAGAGGAGAUGGAGGCUUCUUCCAAGGAAAACCUGUCAACGAAGACAGAUGAGAUGGAGGCUUCUCCUGUAAAACCUGUCAAAGCCCAAUCUAGCAAGCAGGCAGGCACAUCCAAGGAAGAGCCACCACAACCUGUUCAGGAGGACUCUCUGGUAAGCCUACACUCAUGUAUUUAGAGAAUCUUCACCUGAUGUUAUUUUCCGUAUGCUCUGGCUUUCGUCAUGGUGUUCCAUUGUGCCAAAAUCAAUUUAGUCAUGGUGGCCACAUGACCUGGAAAGCUGUCUAUGGACAAACACUAGACUUAACCACCCUGGGGUCCUUUAUUUUUUACCUUUUUACCUAUUCAUGUAGAUAAUUUGUUUAUCCCUUAACCCCAGUCAUCUGUAAGCAGUGUACAAGAAAUCUAAAGGAAAAAAUCUGUUAAAUCAAACUUCAGUUAAAAUGUCUGCUGGAAUUUGUUUUUAAAAUUCCUUCAGUGGGCACUGGAAAAAUAAAACACGACUGGUAUAGAGCAGUUAUUUCCCCACUUAGAUUUAGAGAUCUCCCCCUUCCUAAAAAUUGGUCAUAGAAAGCUAGCCUCUAUGACUAUACUGAAGUAUUUUAGAAUUUAUUUUUUCAUACAGAGUAAUGAUGCUCCCUUGUUGCAUUUCAGACUUGCAACACCCUUGGUCUAAACCAGGCUAGAUGAUCAGGCUAGAUGAACAGAAAACCUAUACAGUGGUACCUCGGGUUAAGAACUUAAUUUGUUCCAGAAGUCCAUUCUUAACCUGAAACUGUUCUUAACCUGAAGACCACUUUAGCUAAUGGGGCUUCUUGCUGCCACUGUGCUGCAGGAGUAUGUUCUGUUCUCACUCUGAAGCAAAGUUCUUAAACCAAGGUACUAUUUCUGGGUUAGCGGAGUCUGUAACCUGAAGCGUAUGUCACCUGAAACAUUUGUAACCCGAGAUAGCACUGUAAAAUGUUUUGGGUGGGUUUGGCAGUGGCUAGAGCAGAUCCAAGACUGUUGCCCCAAAGGUACUUCAGGAUACAAAAGCAUCACUCUAAGACUUCCUUCAGUGUUCGAAGUGACCCUCUCGCUUUAUUGGUGCUCCUAAAAAUAUUGCCCUCCUCCUUUGCACCUUGAUCUUCAUGAAAGUGCCGUUUAAACUUUCUUCUACAGGGGAGAAGAGGAAGCAGAGGAGGGAAGGCUGCAAACAAGGGACAACUGCGAUUAUAAGUUCUGAUGGAAGGUAAGGUAGAAAUGACAUAAGAACAUAUACCGAGGUCAGAGCAUUGGGCUAUCUAGCCUAGCACUGACUGGCAGGAACUCUCCAUGGUGCUGAACAGGAAUCUUUCUUAGCCCAACCUGGAAAUACUGGAGAUGGAAGUUGGGACCUUUUGCAUGGUAAUGCAGAAGCUCCACCAGUGAGCUACAGCCCUCCCUCAAUGUUGUUGACCUUCUUGAUGAUGGUUGAGAGAAGAAAUAAAUUCAAGAUAUAAUGCACAAACCCAGGGCUUCCUUUCCUACACAAGACAAACUAGAAUGUGGCUACAGGACUUCCCUAAGGUGGAUAGCAACAUUUGUUAAUACACAAGUGUUCCAUUCCUCCUGGUCUUGUGGGAAUAUAUUCCUGCCCCUAUCUGGUCUUCAAUGGCUGUAUACAUAAGAAGAUCCUUUUGGAUCAGGCCAGUUGCCCAUCUAGUCCAGCAACCUGAUCUAGAGUCCAGCAACCAUUUGUGACCAACCUGCAAGCAGGACCUAAAUAGAAGAGCACUCUCUCGCCUUGUGGAUUUCCAGCAAUUGGUAUUCUGGAGCAUUACUGAUUCUAGGCAUGGAGCAGAACCAUAAUGGAGGGCAGAGCUAUCAAUCGCUACUUGCCAUGAUAGCUGUGCUCUGUCUCUAUGGUUGGGGGCAGAAAGGCUCCUGAGUACCACUUGCUGGAAACCACAGGAGGGGGACUGCUUUUGAGCUCAGCUUCCGCUUGCAGGUUUCCUGUAGGCACCUGGUGUUGGCCACUGUGAGAACUAGAUUCUGAAUUAGAUGAGCCAUUAGUCUGGCUCAUCAGGCUGUUCUUAGGUUCAGCUAUAGGACUCCAGAUUCUUUUUGCUCUGUUGCACGUGAGUGAAACCAAAAGAGUUUCAAGGAAUGGUUAUUGUUAUUGUUUAAUUAUUAAAUGUCUAUACUGCUCUUCAUCCAAGGAUUGUAGAGUGGUUUGCAAUAUAAAAACAUAAAAAUGCGUAACAGUAACAACAACAACAACAACAACAACAACAACAACAACAACAACAACAAUAAUAAUAAAAAUACCACCAUAGUUUGCUGAAUUGACCAAAGGCUCAGAAGAAGAGAAAUGGUGGGGCUUUUUUGGUAUCCUCUCAGGCAAUUAUGCAGCAGUUACAAUCAAUCAAUGAAUGAAUCUGAAUUGUGGUCAAAGAUCAGACAGCAGCAGCAGUCACAAAUAUAGGCACUUUUCCCUUGAAGGAGGAGCUGAUUCUGGGAGACCCUCUGGUGUUUGGAACCUUGAUGGAUGCUUUAGGGACUCCCUCCCAGGCACAAGGACCAAUGUUUAGCCCAAUGUAGAUCACAAGGUUCUGUAGAGUAUCCUCUAUCCAUAAAUACAUGUGUCCAUGUUCUAGAAAAUCCCAACACUUCCUUUUUCCUUUUUCCAGGAACCGAAAGAAGAGUUGGGUCUAUUUAGCGCAGCUCAGAAGAAAUAA